AUUGGAAUUGGCGUUGCAAUCGCUGGCAAUGUGGUCAUCAGCCUUGCUCUCAACCUCCAGAAGCUAGCUCAUCAGAGACUGAACGGGACCUGGAAUGAGGGAGGCAGCGACGGCGCGGAGACGUUCAAUGGAACGGAGACACCGACACCGAUUGGGAAUGGAGAAUCGACCUUACCCGAUGAGAAUGGCAGAAUGCACUUUCCCACAUUCUCCCCGACCGAGGAGCUACCGAACCCGAUGGGAAGCCCCAAGGCGCCCAAGAUCAUCCUCAGCGCUCCUAGCACAUAUAAUGGCCGGCAUGCACCUCGGGCCUUCUACAGACCGGAUAAUCGGAGCUCACCAUCAGCUCGUCUGUUAAAACAAGGUACUCCGUCCAUUCGUCGCUACGAUUCGAUCGGGCAUCCAUCCAUUGCGGAGCAUGAUGAAGAAGAGGGCGAAGCCCCAGUUCAGGAGAAUGGGCCCGACCGUCACUACUUGUCAAGCAAGUUAUGGUGGACCGGGUUCUUGCUUAUGGGUGUGGGAGAGACCGGAAAUUUCUUAUCUUAUGCCUACGCCCCUGCGUCCAUUGUUGCACCAUUAGGAACUGUCGCCCUCAUCGCCAAUUGUGUCUUCGCUCCGCUCUUACUGCACGAGAGAUUGCGCAAGCUUGAGCUGUUUGGUGUUGCCCUUGCGAUAAUUGGCGCCUUGACUGUAGUAGCAUCCAGUCAAUCUAAUGACAUCAGGCUUACACCAGAUGGACUCAUCAAAGCAAUCAUGCAACCAGGAUUUAUUGCAUUCACCGCGGUCUACAUAGUCUCUGUUAUUGUUUUGAUGAUUCUAUCCAACCGAGAGUACGGUAAAGCUCAUGUUCUGGUUGAUGUUGGAAUAUGUGCGUUGUUCGGAGGCUUCACAGUUCUAUCGACAAAAGGCGUGAGCUCCAUGCUCACAUACAAAGGAUUCCCAAUAUUCAGGGACUGGAUCACAUACCCUUUCCUGGUCGUUCUAGCCGGAACGGCAAUCGGACAGAUCAAAUACCUCAAUCGUGCCUUGCAGAAGUUCGAGGGCAAAGUUGUUAUACCCACCCAAUUCGUUUUCUUCAAUCUUUCCGCCAUCGUCGGAUCUGCGAUUCUAUACCGUGACUUCGAGGAUAUGGAACUGCACCGAUUUAUCACCUUCCUUUACGGC